AGGUGAAAUACCAAAAAGAAAGAAGAAGAAAAAAAAAAAAAAAAAAAAAAACGAGGAAGGAGUGUAAACAGCUUCAGCAGACAUGACGUUGGGCUCAACUUCAAACCAGGAGUUGCUAAUCUUGGCUUGCAAGCAAGAGAAGGAACCUUACUGUUUACUUGCUUAGCCAUUUGCCAGACCACACAGUGCUUAGUUACGAGAUAUAAACAAAGCAGUAGAAAGAGAAAAAGGAAGAAGAGAGAAAGAAAGAGAGAGGACAGAAGGAAAGAAAGAGGGAGAAAAACCAAGAAACAGAAGUUCAAGCAAGUCCUGAUUAUGUUUAAUGUGACAUUUACAACUAUGAUGAUCUAAACAAUCAGAAUUGGACAAAAUUAUAGAAGAUUUCAGACUUCUGGAUGUAGCAACUGUCCAACUUGUACAGCAGGCAUGAGCAGUUCCUGUGUGACACUAGCCGAGGCCCUGUGGGCAAAAGGAAGCCCUUUGGAGGAAGAAGAAAUAUGGGCACUCUUGUACCUGUCCACAGUGCAGCUUCUGGAGGACCUUCACAAAGACCCUGCCAUCUGUGUGAUUUGUCCGUGGUCAAUACUGCUGUCUGCUGAAGGAAAUUUGUCCUUUCAAAACAAUGCAUCUCAGAUGGAAGCUGCUCCUUUUAGUGCACCAGAAUUGCUCCACAGACAAAGUAAAAACCAGUGCAUUGGACUAACAAAGAUGCUGGUGUAUUCCUUAGGAAUGACUCUCUAUUGGUCAGCAGACUACCAGGUUCCUCCAAAUCAGUCCCUCCAGCUGAGUGACCAACUACACAUGCUCCUGCUGACACUAUGUGAAGAUCUGCCACACAAAAGACUUUCUCCUGAAUCAAUUCUGGAAGCAUGUGAGGCACACCAGAAGGAAUCUGCUUCCUUACCAGCAGAUGUCUACAUAAAGAAAAUGGUCCAGUUUGCUGUGGGAAGUGUCAGUGAGGUAGAGCGGAUAGUCAUGGAAGACAGCAUAGCCUCUCAGCUUAACAGAAGUCAUGUAAUAAGAAAAAGGCUGCAUGCGAAAAUAUUGGACACCUCAUCGCUGCCUUCCCAGAUGAAUUUUCAGCAAGACAAAGGGUCCAGAUUAAUGAAUUAUAGUCAGUCAACAGAAGAUUACAGACAACUGUCAGUGGAUUACAGUGACUCUAAUAGCAUUUCUGAAAGUACGUCUUUGAUACUGUCUAACCGAGGACGCAGGAGGGGGAGAGUUCCACAGACACACAGGUCAUGGGACCCCACCCUUAGUGGGUCAAGGACACAAAGUAGCUACAAGCUCUUCAUAAACAGAUGUCACUGGCCGCCCAGAACAGCUGACCCUAGCAUGUCUCCGUCAGACUCAGACAGGUCAAUCAGUGCUGUAGAAGAAAAUCCUGGUGGAACUCGGAAGAACAGCAGACAGAACCUACUAAGUUUAGGUUCCACCUUCUCUGUGUCUACAAAGGACUACACAGCAGCUGCUGCAUCACAGAAAAGUUUAUUCCACAGGAAGGAAAAGUUUUCAGGUCCAGAAUUUAUUAUUUUGUCUAGUGAACCACCAGUGACCUUACAGCUGCCUGGAUCAAUUGUGACUAAAAAAGGGAAAUCCUAUUUGUCCCAAAGGGAUCUCAAUGUGAUUCUACUCAAUGGGCAGUGCCUUGAGGUGCAAUGUGACAUCAAGUCCAAGGCAAGAGAUGUUUUCAACACUGUGGUGGCAUAUGCAAACUUGGUGGAACAUUUCUACUUUGGCUUGGCGUACCUGAAAGGUAAAGAAUUCUUCUUUUUGGAUGAGGAGACCAAACUCUACAAAGUGGCUCCAGAUGGCUGGAAUGACCAACCCAAGAAGAAAACCUCCAUCAUUAAUUUCACACUCUUUCUAAGGAUAAAAUUCUUUGUCAACCACUUUAACAUUAUCCAGCACGACUUGACAAGACAUCAGUUUUACCUGCAGCUUCGUAAAGAUAUUUUGGAGGAGCGAUUAUAUUGCAACGAUGAGACUGCCCUGAAACUCGGCGCUUUGGCUUUACAGGCAGAGCUUGGCAAUUUUGCUUCUGAGAUGCAUGGAAAGAGCUAUUUUCGUGUUGAAGACUAUGUACCAGCAAGCCGAAUAGAGAAAAUGACCCUGGCAUAUGUACAGCGAGAGCUUGCUAAAUUACAUCGUAUGAAUCAUUCCCUAUUUGAGGAUGAAGCUGAACAAGAAUUUUUGAAGGUGACUCAGCAACUUCCUGAAUAUGGAGUGUUAUUCUAUCAUGUGUCGCAAGAGAAGAAAGGGGCAGGAGGGGACAUCAUCCUGGGAAUCUGUGCCAAGGGCAUUAUUGUGUAUGAGAUUAAAAAUCACACAAGAAUUGCCAGUUUAAGAUUCCAGUGGCGUGAAACAGAGAGAAUUUCAGCUCAUAGAAAAAAAUUCAUGAUUGAAAGCAGCUUCAGUGGCAAGAAACACACCUUUGUUACUGAUACAGCAAAGACAUGUAAAUAUCUACUGGACCUCUGCUCUGCCCAGCACAAAUUCAAUGCACAGAUGAAUUCUAGACAACUUCAGCAAACUUCAUCAGAAGAAAGUAAAUUUGUGGAAAUAGACAAAUCAAAUUCUGCAUAUGCAGCUCAGCAUGAACACCUUGCCCUGAUUCAGAGGCUGUCUCGUUCAGAGAAUGUGCUCUAUGGACCAAACCUGGAAAACCUUUCUGUUGGGAUGAUGAGCAAAUCUUGUGAUAACCUCAGUGUGGAAACCAACAACAGGACUAGAAACAAAAUCAAUCUUGGCAGAUCUGCAUCAGGUCUAUCCCAGUCAGAAAUCCACCUCAAUUUGAAUGGAAAGCAAAGGAGUUAUGACUACCUCUCUAUCCAUUCAACUCAGAACACAAUCAGUGCACCUGGAUCACCAGCCAUCCAAAAGGAAGUUUUGCUAAGUGGUCUAGAAAGAGAAAUCAUUUGUGUCAGCCUAAAACGUGAUGCUAAGAAUGGAUUUGGUUUUGUAAUUAUUGGAGGAGAAAAUGUAGGAAAAUUAGACCUCGGUAUCUUUAUCGCUUCAAUUAUCCCUGGGGGACCUGCAGACAGAGCUGGAAAUAUCAAACCAGGAGGACGACUCAUCUCUGUGAAUAAUAUUAGUCUUGAGGGUGUUUCAUUUAAUACUGCAGUUAAAAUCAUACAGAAUUCUCCUGAUGAAGUGGACCUCAUCAUCUCUCAAACUAAAGACAUGUAUGAAGAAGGAUUAAAUGAAGAAAAGAGUCUGUCAAGAGGAAACAGCACUAGUGAAUCAGAAAUCUCUUGUGUAGACAGUGGGAGAAAAAACAUUAAGGAUUAUCAUACAGCUCUCUCCAAAGAACAGGACAUAAAUAUAGAUGAACUUGAGAAGGCUCUUUCCUGGAGUUUAGCACCAAAAUUGGGCCCUAGGAUUCCAGUUCCUUCAGCUGAUAACCUGGAUGUGGAGGAAGCUGAUUCUUCGCACUUACCAUCUCCAUCUGAAGCCAACUCAAAAGAAAUCUAUACUGUGGAGCUUGUUAAAGAAGAUGGGACUUUUGGAAUCAGUGUGACUGGUGGAAUUAACACUAGUGUGCGUCAUGGUGGGAUAUACGUGAAGUCAAUUAUUCCCAGGGGACCAGCAGAUAAGGAUGGACAAAUAAAGAUAGGUGAUCGUCUGCUGGAAGUCGAUGGCAUCAGCCUAUGUGGCAUCACCCACAAACAGGCUGUGGAACACCUUAAGAAAUCUGGCCAGAUUGCCAAACUGGUUCUAGAAAGGGGAAACUACAAACUGGCAGAGCCAUGCCUGACUGCUAAUGACAGAAAGGAGGACCAAUGUGCAGUUGUUUCUGUGGCAACAUCCUUCACAGAUGGUACCAAGGACUACUGCUUUUUGACAGAUGAUAAUACAUUUGAAGUCAAAUUGACAAAGAAUUCUGGAGGCCUCGGUUUUAGUCUUCUGCAAAUGGAAGGAGAUGCUUCCAGACACCUUGAAGGAGCUCUUGUCAGGAUCAAAAGACUGUUUCCAGGGCAGCCAGCUGAAGAAAAUGGUGAAAUUGAAGUUGGAGACAUCAUUUUAGCUGUCAAUGGGAAACCUAUUCAAGGACUCUCUUAUCAGGAUGUCCUGCACAUGUUGAGAGGAGCUCCUCCAGAAGUCACACUACUACUUUGCAGACCACCAAAAGGUGUUCUUCCAGAAAUAGAGCAGAGUUCUCUGACUCCAGCACCAUCUCCAGUUAAGGAGUUUGUGGCAGAAAUGCCAGGCAGUACAGAGUUAGGAAACUGUAUGGUUCAACCUACAAGUGAUGAAAGUAUCACCUCUCCAGACCUGGAAGACUGCCUGGAUUCUCCAGUGUCGGAAGAUUUCAGUGAGCUUCCUGAAGAGAAGAGCUCAACUGAUAAAGAGCAGGCAGAUGAGUUUCAAGAAAAGCCCAUACAGAAACUUAUGACUCCCAGGGAAAGUUGCUAUAAGCAUCUUCAGAAGUUUCAUCAAGAAGCUGCCAGUUCUGAAGUCUUCCACUCCCUAGAGGAAGAAAUGAAGCAGAACUGCUACUCACCAUGUGAGUUUGGAUGGACCGAAAGACACAUGUUUAAUAAGAGUGACGAUGACCUAUCAAACACAAAAUGUAUGCCUGAAACUCUCUGUCUAGCCCCUAUUGAUGAAGAGUAUCUCACUAUCAGCUCAGCGUCUGUGACCUCACUUUCAUUGGGAGGAAGCUCCGAGACACUCUCCACAACCAUGGUGACUCCACAACCAUGUGUUUGUGGUCCCUUCUCAUCAUCCCUGCCUGCUAGAGAGACACAUGACAAUGACAAUGAAUGGCAAGACUUGGAGGAACUAGAGGAAGAGAAGGAAGACUGCACUAGGGAAAUGGAGAUCUCUGUAACUUUGACAAAGUCAGAGAACAAUGGUUAUGGAUUCUCUGUAGUUCUUAACAAAGUGGACACCUGCCUGUAUGUUGAUGAAAUCUUGAAUGAGCCUGCCCUGUCAGAUGGAAGACUAAGAAGGGGAGACAGAAUUAUUAUGGUGAAUGGGACUGAUGUCACAUCUUUGCCAUGCAAUGAAGCCCUGACUUUACUUCAAAGCUCUCCUCCUGAUCUGCACCUUGUGGUUGGUCGUGCUGACAGUGAUCUGCAUCCCUCUAUUAGGCCAGAUGAGAUUCCUCUAAUUACUCUCACAAAAGGUGCCAAUGGACAGCUAGGCUUGAAGCUGACAGGAGGAGCUGGAAGCAAAUUACAAGGUAUUUAUGUGCUAGAGAUAGUUCCUGGCUCUCCUGCCAGUGUGGAAGGCAGUUUGCAGCCACGAGAUCAGAUUGUUUACAUCUGUGGACUGUGGACUGAGGGCAUUAGCCUGGAUGAUGCAGUGAGAGUGUGUGAAGCUGCAACCCAGAAUGUCCAAAUCAAAGCCACAAGAAAUGGCAAUCCAGUGGUUCCUAUAGAGCAGGAUAAUAAGAAACAUUUGGAGGAAACAAACUGUGGUGCUCGGCAAAACAUUCCCAAUUCCCCAGAACGUAAGGACUUAAUUAUUAAUAUUGAGCUGGAAAAAGCGGAACAUGGAAGCCUAGGAUUUGCACUGGUAGGUGGAAGAAAUGGCAGGGCUAUCCUAAUAAAAGCCAUCAGCCCAGACAGCAUUGCAGAUCUAGAUGGGAGGCUUCAAGUUGGUGACAUCCUACUUAAGGUGAAUGAAACUUUUGUGUCUGGUCUGCCACGCCAAACAGUUAUAGAUUUGCUGCGCAAGGCUCAAGGCACUGUUCAACUCACUGUCUGCCGAAGCGUAUUUUUGCAUUGGGCUUAUUCAGGCAAUCAGAGCAACAGUAUACCUUCCCCCCCAAACACAAAAGCAGAGCCUGACAGUGCUGAGGGAAGCCUGCAAGCUCAGCCUGUUUUCACUUUCAAGGAAGAAGAAUCCAACCAGAUGUCCACCAAGGAUCCAGAAAGUACACACAAUUCCUCUCAGCAAGGUCAGCUGGCUGGACAAGAUUAUAAGGAUAUCAUCAGUAAUAUUUCAGAUAGGUCACAGAAAUAUGCAGAAUGUGAAGGCAAAAGAAGAGAGAGUCAGCAGUCUGAGUCAGAUAGCUGGAACAAUGAAGAUGAUGAUAUGCCCCACAGGAUUUCUGUUCUACCUAGAAGCAGAACCUUUGCUUCUGGAGAUGAACUGACUCAGUUAAUUAACUUUAGACCAUCGUUGACUGGAGUAGGUCCAAGGACUGACAUCACAGGUCUUAUACGAGGCCUUCAGUUGCAGAUUGAGAAUCAGGAGGUGUUAAAGGAGUUUAUGGUUUUAGAACAUGCGAAACCAGUAGAUGACUGCAGAACUGGCAAAGCCACAGAAAAUCAGGAUAAAAACAGAUACGGAGAUAUUCUUCCAUAUGAUAAGACACGAGUUCCUUUGGGAGAAGAGAAUGGCUACAUUAAUGCAAGUUACAUUAGAAUGAAAGUUGGAGAAGAAGAACAUUUCUACAUCAUAACGCAGUGGCCUCUACCAUCCACUAUGGCUGAUUUCUGGCAAAUGGUCUGGGAGAGUGAAUCUGAUGUGAUUGCCGUGAUGAUGAAAGAAGUGGAGCAAGGGCAAGUCAAAUGGCAUCAAUACUGGCCUGAACCUCCCCAUGACUCCAUACACCUGGCUAAUUUCCAUCUCAGGCUAGACAACUACCAAAUUCUGGACUACUUCAUAAUUAGAACAAUAGAAAUGAUCAACAAGCAGACAGAAGAAAAGCGCGUUAUAAGUCAUUUGCAGUUUACCACUUGGCCAGACCACAAUACUCCCAAACUGGCUGAGCAGCUUGUAAAAUUCAUUUGUUACAUGAGAAAAGCUCACAGUACAGGACCUGUUGUUGCUCACUGCAGCACUGGCAUCGGAAGAAGCGGAGUUUUGCUGUGUGUUGAAGUUCUGCUCAGCUAUAUAGAAAAAGAUUUAUGUUUCAACAUCAAGCAGAUAGUGAGAGAUUUGAGAGAUCAGCGUUUUGGCAUGAUCCAAACUAAGGAUGACUAUUUAUUAUGUCACAAAGUUGUGCUGGGAGUCCUUCAGAAUCUUCAAGCAAUGGAUUCCUACUGACUGCAGUAUGACUCUUCCCUGUCACUAUUCCCCUUGGAAUCCAGGGACCACUCAGCAAUUGCUUUAAAGAGAUGUCAAGCCAGCACAGACAAGUGUUAUAUUACAUACUUUGUUGGACUACUCUGAUUUCUAAGGCAUUUCAAAACCUUGCUUAACAUGUCCUGUGUAAUUCGUCUAAAUCUUGGCUCACAGUUUGGAGAAACAGCUACACUGCUAUGGAAUUGCCAUGGACAAUUUGCGUGUUCUGUGUAAUAACAUAUUAAUUAUUAGGAAACUAUGUUGGGGCUAUGACUAGGAGAUAGAAGCCCUUGGAAUUAGCUUUACUUUCCAGAGGGCAACUAUAAAGAUUUAAGAUUCUGCUGGUGUUGGUGGAAGAUUACUUGUCCCUUAUUGUUGUGGCUUCUGGACUGCAAAUCAGUAUUUUCUACAGUAGUUAUGCUUUUGUGUGGAAAGACUCAAUUUGUUUACCUUUGGUUGCUUGAACAUUGUAGAACCAUUUCCAGUCAUCACCCCAGCCCAGGAAUUUAUACCAGCAUCACUAGACAUCUUAAAUCAAGAAACUGAAAGAAACAUAGGAUGCCUUUAAACUCCAUUUGGUUCUCUUCAAAGCAGGAAAAGCAUUCUAAUAAUUGGUUUGAUUAUUACUUUUUCUCAGCAAUAUGGACAGCUGUAAAUAGCAUCAGUACUCUUUCAUUCUGGAUCCAUGUAAAAAGGAAUGCAAUACUAAGCCAGAUGAAAUGACUCUGUGUCCACUGUGGCACAUAUAUACAUUUCAUCUUCCCAUGCUCCUUACCAUCAAUUAAAUAUCUUGUCAUUCUUAUCUAGGAUCUGAACCAAUCUAUGGGAAGUCCCACUGGUUUCAGUGGGAGCUGAAUCAGAUAUUUAAAUUAGAGUAAAUAAAUCUCUGUACAGUUUAUUUCUUGUGUAAAAAGUGUUUCUGUUAGUGUGAAUUUGAGUGGAUUUGAGAAGAAAUCGGCUGUUCAAGUUUAUAAGAUUUCACUUGUUUCUAUAGUACUACUUCUAAGUCCUUUAUCUAGAAGAUGAUGUAUAUGGAAGUGAAGUUAUUAGAUGUACAUUGGAAAAGUAACUUUUAAACAUAGGAAAUUAUAACAGCAUUUCUUUAACUGAAUUGUAUAUAUUUAAAAAACUUCUUUGAUUUCAGGAAAGGAGAAAAUAUUGAGGCAUUUGAAUAUAAAAAUGCAGUAGAAACAAGACAAAAUAGCCAUUUAUUUUCACUAUGAAUGAGAGAUUUAUGAUUCAGAAAGAAAGAGGGAUUAAAACAAAUUAAAAGUAUGACUUUUAGAAAAAGCCAGUGUAAUACAACUAUAAUUAAGGCCAAGGGCUAUUUUUUCUUUCUGCCCUCAGAUAGUCUGCUGGAAGUUGGGAAAAGAUAGAAAUAAAAUUUAUGAUGUGAGCCAGACAAUAAUUUCAAAGAUACUGAUAGAGAUACAGAGUAACACUAAAUUAGUGGAGCAAUUGUGGACUUACACUGGUAUAAAUAUAAACAGAUUUAAAUGUUUUGUCUUAAAUUCACUGAAUUUGAGCCUUCCCAGAAGCAUUACUAUCCAUACAUUCUACAUUUCCUAUAUUUAUGUUGCAUAUAAUGAACUAUUUGCAGUUUUGUCAAGUGUCAUCAGCCAAAUUUUUGUUUAUAACUUUAUUACCUUCAUUUGGUAUUUGGUCUUUCACUUUGAUUUUAAUUACUGCAGACAUACUACUAUGCAAUGAAUGCACUACACCACACAUGAAUGCACAAUUCACUUUUGUACUACAAGAACUUUAAAAAGUUUCUCAGUGAAAAUAUUCCUGAACUUUAUGAAAAGGUAUUUUUUCUGUGGUUUAGAACAAGCAUUCUGGAUUUAGAAGACAACCUUCAUGGCAUUAUUUGUUCCUCCACAUUUGUGCAUCAGCUUUGCAUCUGUUUGACAGAAGUGUUUGCUGUUUGACAGUUUUUCCCUUUUUACAGGAUUAUUAAAAAGAUUUCUGAA